GUCCUGAGAGUUGGAGUCCAUGGAGCGAUCAAACAGCUGGUCAUUUCACCAGAGGGCGAGUUCAUGGCCAUCGCUACGUCGCAUACCAUCCACAUUGCAGUUCUACCAAACUCCUCACAUCUCGGCACCGAGGACACCAGCCCACUAAAGCUGAAGACCUUCCAACUGGGUCCAACCGCCCACGUCCUAGAACAAUCCCCAAUAGCUUCAGUCCUCUGGCACCCUCUCGGUCACCGUGGGCGAUGUCUGGUCACAAUCACAACCGACGCGGUGGUGCGGCUAUGGGAGCUGAAUCGCACCAAUCGAUACUCGUUCAGUGAACCUACCGUGGCGGUGGAUUUGACGAAACUUAUCGACGCGACGAGUACUGAGGAUGAUGUGAGCGUGUCGGGCUACACACAUAGCAAGGGCUUCUCUCCCGACGCCUACGAGUGGGAAGUGGCUUCAGCGUGUUUUGGAGGCUCGCUCGAACAAGAAGGCAUCAAUGGGUGGUCUCCAAUGACCCUUUGGGUGGCUAUGAGAGAGGGAGACGUCUACGCUUUGUGCCCUCUUCUGCCCAGCAAAUGGCAAGUGACUAAGUCACCUGGAACGUCUACACUUCUACAGCACCUGACAACCGCAAUCGAAUCUCAAAACGCGUUUAGCGAAGAAGAGUCCAACACGAACGAGCAGCGGAUAUCCCAGGCCCAAUUCUCUUGGCUACUGGAUAUCCUAGACCAGGAGCCAGUGGUUGAAAAUGAUCAUUUGGACGAUGUCACAGAGAUCUACAGUCGACCAGAGAGCACACCCAUAUUGCCAAAGCUCCAGGGACCUUUCCAGCUGACUCCCGACUUGGACGACACCAAGGAUUUUGAAAUCUCGGAUAUUCUAGUCUUUGGCCUGAGCAAUCUAGACAGCUUCGAUGAUGAUGGGAGCCCAGAGGGACUCUCAGCAUCCGUUGUUUGUUUGCUUUCGAGCAACUGUGAUGUACAUGUGUGUUUGGAUCUCGAGGGGGUUGAAGGACAGUGGCUACCUUCGCGCGAGGACCCAGAAGCUGCACUAAAAGAAGGCGACGAGGAACACACGUUGCUAGUCGUUGAGACUGUACACCUGCUUCCAAGUUCAUCGCAGGCACGCCCACUCUCCUCACACCCGACGUUCACGAUCGAUGACAGCACAGACUUUGCGCUAUUCGUGACGGACGAGAGUGGAGUGUAUCACCUGUCCAUGUUGUCGUGGGUACCAGAUCUGGAGAGGGAGCUGAGCGGAGCGCAGAUCGAGGGCGCCGAGUUCCGACUGAACGGGUUCCUCAACCUUGCUCAGUCGGCCGCAGAGAAGAUUUUCCCCAUCCCGGAAAAACAACAACCAGACGCGACGCGCGGAAUCGCCUCGUGCGUAGCAUACGACGUCGCAGACCUCGGACAUUUUGUCCUCACAGCAGUUCACGGACAGCCGCUUGCAGCAACGCUUGAUUCUCGGAGAGGUAGCCAGCCUUUCAGGGGUAGUGCCGCCAGCGAAGAAUUGGAUAUUCCGGAUCUUCCUUUGCGACCUAUCUACCAGGCACCUGCAGUCUUCUACCACAACACACAACUCACCUCUUUCAUGGAUCAGAAGGUGCCAGCCCGGUACAAGUCUUCAUUGGGACAGGAGGUCAGGCUGUCAGCAGCUACGCUCGAAAUCAUGACCAACGCACACCGUAUCCUAAGUCACGAAACCAACCAAUUGGGUCUUGCUGCAUCCGAUCUCUUCAGCCGGUGCGAGCGCCUCAAGCUCGAGUUCAAGGCUCAGAUCUUAAGAGCUGCGCAACUAGCGGACCAGAUCGACAAGACUAUCGGAGCUGACGAUGACACGUUCGAGGAUGACGCUAAUGAGGACCGGGCGGUCGGAAAGAAGCAGAUUGAGAAUCGACUCGAGGAAGUAAAGUCACGUCAGGCCGCCCUAAUGGCUCAACAUGACCGCAUCCGGACCAAGCUGGCCCAGACCAAUACGCGGCAGCUCACUGAGAAGGAGCAGAUGUGGAUCGAAGAGGUCGAGAAGAUGACUCGAGCCGUCAACGAGCAGCAGCAGCAACAGGGUAGCGAUGAGCCUUUGACGUUCGCACGCAUAGAGGAAGUCAGGCGGAUCAAGAAGCAAGUACUGGAUGAAGCCAAGGAUGCCGAAACUUCGCAAACGGAUGCUGGGCUCAAUGGGAAUGGACACGUGAUGGUGUCGUCAGAUUUCCGGAAACAGAAAGUUGAGACUAUUCACAGGAUGCUUGAGCAGGAGAAGGCGAUGUUGGAUAGUGCGCAGAAUCGGGUGGAAAAGAUGGCUGGGAUGGUCUAAGGGUGUGCUGGGAUGGGCUACUGGCGUCGAUGAUGGUGCAUUGUAUUAUUUACUUCAUUCAGCGUCGGCGCUUUGGAUAGGAGGGAUUGAAUAAUGUACACCGAACUGUCUACUAUAACUUUUCUGCUGGUGAUGAUGAUUCUCAUUGAUCUCUGAAGAGCGCAUAAAGGAGAAGUCGUGGA